UUUAUUUUAACUCUAAUUUGAUUAGGAUCUACUCAGUUUGGUAUUCUUAUGCAAAAUGUCAAAAAGUGAGUUAUCGGGUACUGGAUAAUUGAGUAACAUUUACCCAAAUUUUCAUAAUUACCAUGUUUACUCAGUUUUGAGUUAUUAUCCAUGAUGUUUACUCACCCCUGAGUAUAUGUAUAUGUCAAAAGUUUUCAACAGCGAUAUUAUCUGUUUCCGAAGAACAAUUGGUGUCGCUUUUUAUUCGUUUGCUAGCACCCAACAUCAUUAUUGCAGAGGAUUUGAAAACAUAAAAAACAUCUCUUCAAAAUGAACAACCGCAUGUUGUGUGUCCUGCGAUGCCGUUUUAAGUCGGGCUUUUAUUCGUGAUAAUGAACGGAAACAUUUGUAUCGAUGUACAGUGCCCAAUACAUGCAAUCGAUACAAUUUAAAUCCUUCGCAGUGUUUGGUGACGGAUGAUGAUACUGUACAAAAACAUGAGCCACAGUUCACGGGCAACUGUGAACCGUAAAGUUGCCACUCUAGCGCGGUGUGUAUUAAUCGAAAGUUAAAGCAGAGUAAAUCCAUUAUUCGUUCAUUACUUCACUGUUACUGUGCACAUAUUAAAUUACUUAUUUAAAAUCAUGGAUGAAGUCGAACAGGUAAACCCUACUGACUCUGAACUACCAUGUGAAGACGCUUCCGAUCAAGCUACUUCCGGCGAUGAGUCCAAUAGUUCAGAAAGCAACGAAAUAAGUCAGGCUAUUGUGGAAGAAGUACGCGCUUUAUACCACUACGAUAAAGUACAAAUUUUAAUGGAGUUAGUGAAAAGUCGUAUUCACCAAACCAGACUUAGUCAGCGAGUAGAGAUAAUGCAACUAGCACUAGAGGAGGCUAGCGCGUCGAAGAUGAAAUUACAGCUGGAUUUAGUAUACAGCAAUCGAAUUGCUGUGUUGUUACAGGAUGCUGCAAAGGAACAAGUCGAUCUGUCCACUAGAAUGACUGAAAAAUACAACACAGCUGUUGACUUAAUGAGCGAGUUGGACCUCAAGCGGGUACAGUUGCUCAAAGAUACGCGUGCACUGCAGAGCGAGUUCGCCGGGGCUCAAGAGCAAAUUGCACAAAUCGAGAAAGAACUGCAAGAACAAACGUCUCGUGCUGAAUCAGAGUCAAACCGAAUCAUUGAACAACAAAAGCAGAUUGACGAUUUGUUGCAUGACAACAAUCAUUUAAAGGAACAGCUCACGCAAGUCGAAAAUCAGAACCAAACAUUAAUUUCAUCCCAUUCAGCUCAGCUGAAUGAGAUUGAGAUGUUACUGUCAAAUCAGAAUGUCCAAUUAGCUGACGCGGAAAAACGUAUCGAAAAAGAAAUUUGUACCAACGCUGCUCUCAAAGAAAAUUUUGAUGCUGUUCUCGCGGAAAAACUGCAAAUUUCAAUGGAAUUAGCAGGAUUGGAAAUCAGAAUGGCAGAAAAAGAAAAGGAGAUGGAAUCUAAGAUGCAAGAAAUAGAGAAAUCAUUCCAACAACAAUAUACUAUCCAGAUUACAGAAUCUGAGAUGAAGUGCUCUAAGCUUAAUGAAAAGAUAGUAGAACUAAAUAGCGAAAUAAAAGCUCUAACUGACAGUAUUGAGAAACUGAGAGCAGAGCUCGCUGAUUCUUAUAACAAAGUGAACAAUGAAAGAAACACUUCUGAAGAGCUUGAGAACAAAGUUAGUGGAAUGCAAGCUAUUUUGGAGGACCGCAAUAAUGAACUAUAUUCCCUUCACGCUAAGUUGAAUGGAGAGCAAAAGCGAUUUGAGGAACAAAAACAGCAGUUGCAACAGAAAAAUUCAGAAAUGCAACUUCGGUUGCAGAAUAUCCAGUCAGAGUCGGAGACUCAAAAAAAUAAGCUAGAGCAGUUGGAGACUGACCUUGCUAACUACGUUUCGAAACUUUCAACCAUGGAGGAUCAGCUUAAUGCGAGAAAUGAAGAACUACGUAUACUUAAAGAAAAACAAUCUAUCAUCGAACAGACAAAAAACGCAGUUCAGCAUGAAAGCACAGCUGCUGAUCAAACAUCUAAAAUGAAUUGUAACAAUUCGAUUGCCUUCCAAUCCACUCUACAGCUAACUUCAACACCUUUCCGACCGAUUGAGCUCUCCGGCAGUUCUGACGAAAUACCACCUAAGAUAGCGCGUAACAUUGACACCGAAGAAACACCAAAUGUACAGAAAAGUAUUGGUAGUAGCUCAAAUUAUAGUACCUUUCAACAUAGAGUUCUGCAGAAAAGAGCAACAACACAAUACAAGUUUUUCGGUCGAAAAUCACCAAGUGCAAAAAACAACAACCAAAAACCGUUGUCAAUCGGUAAUCAACGAAGUCAGAGUGUGGUUCUUCAUGAGAGUUUAAAUUUUAGUGACGCGAGCACCAUUAACAUUGACGACGACCCCAUAGAAAAUACCAACAUUUCUAACAUCUCUUCUUCAAUUCGGUUGGUGAAACCAUUUUUUCGAAAAAAUCAGGAAGAUCCGUAAUUUUCAUUGCUGAUGUUUGUUUCAACUGUUUUUUAUUGUUGCAUUUUGUUAAAAAAAUUCACCCGUUGAUCACAAGUUUGACUAAUUGGUUUAUCUUUAAACGGUCUACUGCCUUCCGUUUAUAAUCAAAUAAGUGCCACAUAUGUAAUACAUAUGGUUUUAUAUCGUUUCGUUAUUAAUAUUUUUGUUGUUAAAGAGAAAAACGAAAAGAACCAGUUCAGUUUUGAAUUUAUACUGUUCACGUGUCAACUAUGUUUGUAGAUGCAAUUCUGCGUACUUUAAUUCUGUUCAAUUGUAAUAAACUAUGUUAACAAUACGUUAUGAUUUUUUAAUAGUUUUUUCCCCAUGUGCACCAGAACAGAUUCUCAGCUUCCAUCUUUUCCUGUUUUUUUUUUAUUUGACGUAGAUGAGCAUUUUUUGAAAAAAAAUAAGUUAGAGUUUAACUGAAACGAUCUUGAUACUUAAAUUUACAAUGAUAAAUCACAAAGUAAUGGACUUAUAAGUCCCUAAAACUUAAUGUGGUUCUCUUUCGGACCCUCCACAUGUUAUAAAAAAGAAACUUUUUAAGGAUGCUUUUAUACCUCAACACCAUAAAAAACGAAACACUCUGGUAGUAUCCAUAAUCGAGCGAUGUGAACUAAAUUUUAUGACGAAUUUCAAAUUAAAAAACAAUGAAAACAAUGCCCGGAUGUCUGCUAUGUGCCGCACUUCUAUAAUUAGCAAAAUCACUAUUGAGAGGAAGUAAUAUGCCUAUUAUUUUUAUCCGUGUAUGUGUGUUUGUGUUCUACCUAAUUACGCUGAAUGCUCUACUACACUAGUCCUGCUCCUCCUGCCAAGUAUCUUCAAUUAUAAUUAUGAUUCCCUGGAAAUGUUUUGACUAUAUGCCCUUAGGCCUUUUUUAAUUAUAAAAGGGACUUCUAUAAUUAAAAACGUCAUUAGUCUUGUCAAAUUAAGUGUCAGUAUAUAGUAGCGUUAAAAAGUUAAAAGUUAAAAGUAUAAGUGGGCAGGAGAAGAAGUCUGAAAAUAAACCCAUGCCUAAAAAGUCUUUCGGCAUUAAUGGCCCUGAUUCUACUUAGGUUCGAACUCAAGACCCUCCGCCUGUACUCCCCAACAUUCGUUAGAGUAGCAAUUUUUUUUUUAGGAUUAAAGCUUGUUACUUGCACGUGGCAAUGAAAACAUGAUGUAUGCACAAAAGGAUGAUGGGACUGUUUCGUUCAGUAUUUAAUCAUACGGAGCAGAUUUGAAUAACUUAUUUUUAUUGCAGUCGUAAGUAAAUUUUAACAGAUCCAUACAACAUCAUUUAUCAUUUCAUGUAGAUGCAAAGAAAGAAAACUGAACUGAAUAAAAGCCUUUGUAUACGAGAAUGUUAAGAACAGAGUGAAAACAUAAGGAACUUCAAAAUAGAAGUAAUUGAAACAAUUGAGAAAAAUAUCAGUUUGGUCUGCGCACCACCUAUUAAUUUUACUAUUGUUUACAUCACUCUUGCUACAUUGCGUUUAAGUACUCUAUAUUCAAUUUGCUUUUUGAGCCCUAUUCACUAGCUUAUUAUCAUUGGUUUUGACUUGUUUUGUUUGUAUGGUGAUGCCUAAUGCUAUAACUAGCUUAGUUUACAUUAAGCC